GCAAACCCACUCAAGGGCUGCACUGUCAUGGCGCUGACGAGCUGAAGCUACCGGGGCAAAGCAGGAAGAGGCAGCAGCGCAGCGGAGUUAACGCUGACAUCUACACGCUCCGCGCGUGGACUUUACGGGUCUGGCCCGGGCGGACGGCUGCGGUUCAUCGGCUCCUCCUGGAGCCGCGCUCGGACUUCGCCUCCUGGCAGUUAGUGACUUUGGGCUGCUGUCUGUCAACUGUGAGCACUCGGCGACAAUAGCAACUUCCAGCGCGGAGCUGACACGGAGUCCUCGCAGCCUCUCGACCGAGCGCAGGAAGGCGCGGGCCGGGCGCGAGCUCCGCUCCACCCGCGUGCCCCCUCGCUACCUGCGGCGCGCGCGCACACACACUCCUCCUCGGCUCCCGGCGGCUUUAAUCCACCCGUGUGCUAUCAAGUUACGGAGCGGGAGCGGAGUAGUUCACUGUGGAGCGACGCGGGGACGCGUCCACUCUGCCAGCCGCUCGCGACUCCACUUCGCGGGGGUUUGCGGGGGGCGCCCACUUUCGGGCUUCAUUCGUCCAACUAGCUUUGGAUGGGGAGGGAAACGUUCGCAUUGUGCGCCUGCGGACUGUCAACAACUCAGCAGAAGAGGACAUAGACCCCCCCCUCCCUCCUCCGACACCGUCCGCGCUGUCACCGUCGGGGAGGUGAACAGGUGCCUUACCUGUGAACGCCACCUGUCCCGUCCUCGCUUCCUUAGCCAUGGCUAGCGAGGAGCCGCCGGGCGCCGCGCCGUCCGCGGACGACGCGGACGGGAGACCGAGCCCCGUGGCGCCGAACCCGGCGGUUCCCGUCAGGGGCAUAAGGAUGAAAUUCGCCGUGCUCGCCGGCCUGGUGGAAGUUGGGGAAGUUUCCAACCGAGACAUUGUGGAGACGCUGUUCAACCUGCUGGUUGGCGGCCAGUUCGACCUGGAGAUGAACUUCAUCAUCCAGGAGCCCGAGAGCAUCGUGUGCAUGGUGGAGCUGUUGGACAAGUGCGAGCCCAACUGUCAGGCCGAGGUCUGGAGCAUCUUCACCGCCAUCCUCAAGAAGAGCGUGCGCAACCUGCAGGCGUGCACCGAGGUGGGGCUCAUCCAGCUGGUGCUCCAGCGCGUGACCACCACCGACAGCAUGAUCGCAGACCUGCUCGUGGACAUGUUAGGCGUCCUCGCCAGCUACAGCAUCACGGUGAAAGAGCUCAAGCUCUUCUUCAGCAAGCUGCAGGGGGAGAAGGGCCAGUGGCCUCGUCACGCAGUGAAGCUUUUGUCGGUUCUGAAGUACAUGGCUCAUCGAAAUGGCCCCGACUCCUUCUUCAGCUUCCCAGGAAAAAAUGCAGCUGCGAUAGCUCUGCCUCCCAUCGCCAAGUGGCCGUACCAGAAUGGUUUUACAUUCCAUACCUGGCUCCGCAUGGACCCCCUCAACAACAUCAACGUAGACAAAGACAAGCCUUACCUUUACUGUUUCCGCACCAGCAAAGGAAUGGGUUACUCUGCACACUUUGUGGGCGGCUGUUUGAUAGUGACCUCAUUAAAAUCCAAGGGUAAAGGGUUCCAGCACUGUGUAAAGUAUGACUUCAAACCACAGAAGUGGUACAUGGUGACGCUCGUUCACAUCUACAACCGCUGGAAAAACAGUGAAAUUAGCUGCUAUGUGAACGGGGAGCUGGCGUCUUUUGGAGACAUCGCCUGGUUCGUCAACACCAGCGACACGUUUGACAAGUGUUUCCUGGGCUCGUCGGAGAUGGCAGGCAUCAACCGGGUGUUCUGUGGGCAGAUGGGAGCAGUUUACCUGUUUGGAGAGGCUCUCAGUGCCGCUCAGAUCCUCGCCAUCUAUCAGUUGGGUCCAGGAUACCAGGGCACGUUUAAGUACAAGGCUGAGAGCGACCUGCUGUUUGCAGAGCAUCAUAAGACUUUGUUAUAUGACGGCAAGCUGUCCUCCAGCAUUGCAUUCGCUUACAACCCUCGCGCCACAGAUGCACAGCUCUGCCUCGAGUCCUCCCCCAAGGACAACGCCUCCAUCUUUGUCCAUUCACCCCAUGCACUCAUGCUGCAGGACGUGAAGGCUGUGGUGACUCACUCGGUGCAGAGCGGCAUACACUCUAUUGGAGGCAUGCAGGUCCUCUUCCCUCUGUUUGCACAGCUGGACUUCUGCCAGCCUUCCAGCCACGAGCUGGACACUUCUGUCUGCUGCACUUUGCUGUCGUUUGUGAUGGAGCUCCUGAGGAACUCUGUGGCUAUGCAGGAGCAGGUGCUGGCCUGCAAAGGCUUCCUCGUCAUCGGCUACACUUUGGAGAAGUCUUCCAAGGUGCAUGUGACGCGGCCCAUCCUGGACAUUGUCCUGGCCUUUUCCAGGUACCUGAGCAACUUGCAGAACGGCGUCCUGCUGCUCAAGCAGCUGUGUGACCACAUUCUUUUCAACCCUGCCAUCUGGAUUCAUGCCCCUGCCAAGGUGCAGCUCACGCUCUACACGUACCUGGCAACCGAGUUCAUCAGCACGGUGACCAUAUACAACGCAAUCCGCAGGGUGGGCACCGUGCUUCAGAUCAUGCACACGCUUAAGUACUACUACUGGGUCGUCAACCCUCAGGAUCGAAGUGGAAUCAUUCCCAAAGGCCUUGAUGGCCCAAGACCAAACCAGAAAGAGAUUCAUUCCCUAAGAGCUUUUCUGCUGCUGUUUGUAAAACAGCUCAUAAUGAAGGAUCAUGGCGUGAAAGAAGACGAGCUGCAGAGCAUCCUCAACUAUCUCCUCACCAUGCACGAGGAUGAUAAUCUCAUGGAUGUACUACAGUUGUUAGUGGCUCUGAUGUCUGAACAUCCCGGUUCUAUGAUCCAGGCCUUUGACCAGCGCAACGGGAUUCGUGUGAUUUACAAGUUGUUGGCUUCAAAAAGUGAAGGAGUGCGAGUGCAGACGCUGAAAGUAAUGGGCUACUUCCUGAAACACCUGCCUCCAAAGAGGAAGGCUGAGGUCAUGCUGAGUCACGGCCUCUUCUCCCUGCUCACUGAGCGCCUGAUGCUCAACUCCAACCACUUCACCAUGACAACCUACAACGUGCUCUUCGAGAUCCUUACAGAGCAGAUCUGCACUCAAGUGAUCCAUAAACAGCAUCCGGACCCCGACUCCUCUGUGAAGAUUCUCAACCCGCAAAUUCUGAAGGUGAUAGCUGCUCUGCUGAAGAACUCGCCACGAACUCCCGAGAGCAUGGAGGUGCGCAGAGUGUUUCUGUCAGACAUGAUCAAACUGUUCAAUAACAGCCGGGAGAAUCGAAGGAGCCUGCUGCAGUGCUCCGUGUGGCAGGAGUGGAUGCUCUCGCUGUGCUUCAUCAACCCGCGGAGCAGCGAGGAGCAGAAAAUCACAGAGAUGGUGUACACCAUCUUCCGCAUCCUGCUCUACCACGCGAUCAAACACGAGUGGGGCGGCUGGCGCGUCUGGGUGGACACCCUGUCCAUCACCCACUCCAAGGUUACAUUUGAGCAGCAUAAGGAGAAUCUGUCCCACAUGUUUCAGCAGUACCAGCGUCAGGAGUCCACAACGUCUCUGGGCACGGUCCGAACCAUCUCCGGUACCAGUCAAAGCUCCGAGACCGUUGAAAGUGUCAACGGAGGAGAGGAGACGGCCCCUUCCACCAUUAUUGAGCUUACAGUGAAGGAACUGUCCCCUGACUCAGCAUCCAGUUCCACCCUCACCUCGGGCCCACAGGAUACUGCUGAUGAAAGAGGAAACGCAUCGAUCACUGUGUCCAACAUACUGGCCAGGCCGGAAGAUGAGCCGAAGGUGCUGGACUCCACCAAAGAUGGAGACUUGGGUCAAACAACAGAAACGGAUGCUACUGAGACUCAAAAUAACGAGAGAAGGGAAGAAAAUGAUGAGAUCAAUGAACAGAACGCAGAGACUAAGACGUCCAACGACAAGGGCGGUGAUAAUCCACAAAGCUCUAGCAGCAACCAGGCUGAAACACCGGUUGGAGACUCUGCUACACCAUCUGACACACACACACAACACACACCUAAAGAUGAGGAAAGACAUCAGAGCAACAAAGACGAACCAUCGGCCUCCACAACAGAAAACUCUUUAAAUGAAGCAGACACAAACCAGGAAGAUAAGACGGAGCACACGUCCCCAGAGACCGCAGGCCGUCUGGACGGCAGCGCGCUGGGUGGAGCGUCGGGCUUCAACCCAGAUCUGGACGACGUGUCGCCUGUCAGCGACCGGGUUCCCCCCAGUACGGCUGAUGGCCAAGAGGAGUCCUCGAGCGCCGCUGCCGCCGCCGGAGAGGAGGGGGAGGUGCCUACAGAAGGGGAAGAUAAACACGAAGGCGAUGAAGGCCUGAGAAAGAGCCCUGAGGAGAAACAGGUGUCAGUCUUGUCGGAGGCCGACACCUGUCCGUCUCAAACGCCUGAGCACGGUUUGACAGACGCCGCUGAGGACGAGGCCAAAGAUGAGCCGCGUUCCGCCGUCUCUGGAUCUGCUCCAGCAGACGGGCCGCCCGCUGACGCCACACUGCCCCCUACAGCCCAGGAGGUCGCCGCAGCGCCGCACCCCUCGCCUCGCCGGCCUUCGGAAACCAGCGACACCAGUGCAGACAAAGCCGCUCAAAGCGCAGCAGACUCAGUCAGCAGGACCAAAGAGGUCAAGAUCGCUCGGCUGGACGUGUCCAACGUGGCCUUAGACACAGAGAGACUUGAAUUAAAGGACACCUCCGCAGAUUCGGGCCAAGGGCAGCAGCCGGCGCCGGCCGAAGGCCCGGCUCAGCCGAGGGAGAGCGGCGCCUCCGCCCCGCGCUCCACCAUGUUCCGCAUCCCAGAGUUCCGCUGGUCCCACAUGCACCAGCGCCUCCUCACCGACCUGCUCUUCUCCAUUGAGACGGACAUCCAGAUGUGGAGGAGUCACUCCACAAAGACGAUACUGGACUUCGUGAACAGCAGCGAGAACGUGGUGUUCGUCCACAACAGCAUCCACCUGAUCUCUCAGGUGGUGGACAACCUCAUCAUGGCCUGUGGAGGCAUUUUACCUCUGCUCUCUGCGGCCACCUCCUCCUCUCACGAGCUGGAGAACAUUGAACCGUCCCAGGGCCUGGCGGUGGACGCCUCAGUCACCUUCCUGCAGCGCCUCAUCAACCUCGUGGACGUUCUCAUUUUCGCCAGCUCCCUCAACUUCACCGAGAUAGAAGCAGAGAAAAACAUGUCGUCUGGAGGCAUCCUCCGGCAGUGUCUCCGUCUGGUGUGUGCAAUGGCUGUGAGAAACUGUCUGGAGUGUCAGCAAGCCCAGUUUAAACAUGGCAGCGAAGGCUCCGCAGGCAACUACGCAGCCGUGCCCAGCGCCGUGCUGGGAACAGCCAAGUCUGCAUCUGCACAGAGUCCUGUUGAUGCAGUGACGGGUGGAAUGUCUCCAAUCAGAGACUUGGAUCGGCUGCUGCAGGACAUGGACAUCAACCGCCUCAGGGCUGUUGUGUUCAGAGACAUCGAGGACAAUAAGCAGGCUCAGUUCCUGGCUCUGGCUGUGGUCUACUUCAUCUCCGUCCUCAUGGUGUCCAAGUACCGCGACAUCCUGGAGCCCCACAAUGACAAGAAACACCCUCGACGCUCACAGUCUGCCAGAAGCACAGACAGCGGUGGCAUUCCUGGGGGGUUGGAGGUGGAGAACGGCGUCUUCCUCCGGCGCUACGACUCCGGCAUCGGCGACGACCACGCCUCGGCCGCUGCCAGCGACGCCGACCUGUCGUCCUCCGGCGCCACUCACGGCCCGGACGCCGUCUCCGAGGCCCUGUCCACCCUGUCGUCUGAGGUCCGGCCCGCUCUGGCCGCGGAUUCAAAGGGCAAGAACGUGAAGGACAUCCUUCGCAGCCUCGUGGGCACGCCGGGCGAUGAUGCAAUGGUGGACCCCAAUCUGCUGCCUCCAGCGUUUCUGGGGAAUGUGAGCGACGCAGCCAGAGAGUCAUCGCUGCAGUUCCGCUCGUUUGACAGGAGCGUCAUCGUCGCGCCCAAGAAGGCGGGUGUGACGCCGUCUCCCGGCACCCCCACCCCCCUCACGGCGUCGGCGGCCGCCUCCGUCUCCGCCGGGACGCCCAUGGACAGCGUGGCGGUGGUGUCCUCCGCCGACUCCGCUUCCACAGCCGGCCAGGUUCCAGCCAGCGCUAGCCUGCCAUCUGUCCCCCGACUCUCCCCUGUGACCCAGAACACAGCCCCCAAUAUGAGCAUCUCAGAGCGUCUGGAACAUGCUCUGGAAAAAGCAGCACCUCUGCUGAGGGAGAUCUUUGUGGACUUUGCCCCCUUCCUCUCCAGGACCCUGCUGGGCAGCCACGGACAGGAGCUCCUCAUCGAGGGCACAAGUCUGGUGUGUAUGAAGUCCAGCAGCUCAGUCGUGGAGCUCGUCAUGCUUCUGUGUUCACAGGAGUGGCAGAACUCUAUCCAGAAGAAUGCGGGCUUGGCCUUCAUCGAGCUGGUCAACGAAGGCAGGCUGCUGAGUCACACCAUGAAGGACCACCUGGUUCGCGUGGCUAACGAAGCCGAAUUCAUCCUCAGCCGACAGAGGGCCGAAGACGUUCACAAGCACGCAGAGUUCGAGUCCAACUGUGCCCAGUACUCGGCUGAGAAGCGAGAUGAGGAGAAGAUGUGCGACCACCUGAUCCGAGCGGCCAAGUACCGCGACCACGUGACGGCCACGCAGCUCAUCCAGAAGAUCGUCAACAUCCUGACCGACAAACACGGGGCCUGGGGAAACUCCUCCGCAAGGUACGACCAAAGCCGGCCGAGGGAGUUCUGGCGCCUGGACUACUGGGAGGACGAUUUAAGGCGGCGACGGCGCUUCAUCAGGAACCCCUUCGGAUGCACCCACUCGGAGGCCACGCUCAAAGCCGCCGCCGACCACGUGGCUGGUGUCAAUGCAUCUGAGGAGGACGUUCUCAUAGGCAAGCAGUCCAUCAGGGGUCCGGCUCUGGGGAAUCAGAACUCUGAGAGUGAGACGUUGCUGGACGGAGACGAUGACACUCUGUCGUCCUUGGAGGACAAGGACCUGGAGAACGUAACAGGCCCAGUAAGCUUGAGCACCAGCGCCCAGCUGGUGGCUCCGGCCGUGGUGGUGAGAGGCACCUUGUCCGUCACCGCCUCCGAGCUCUACUUUGAGGUGGAUGAAGACGAGCCGUGCUUCAAGUCCAUCGAUCCAAAGAUUCUAGCCUACACAGAAGGUCUCCAUGGAAAGUGGCUGUUCACAGAGAUCCGAGCCGUCUUUUCCAGGCGCUAUCUGCUGCAGAAUACUGCUCUGGAAGUCUUCAUGGCCAACAGAACUUCGGUCAUGUUCAACUUCCCAGAUGCGGCUGCCGUCAAGAAGGUGGUCCACAGUCUUCCUCGCGUGGGAGUCGGCACCAACUUUGGGCUUCCCCAGACCAGGCGAAUCUCUCUGGCCACGCCAAAGCAGCUGUUCAAAGCCUCCAACAUGACCCAGCGCUGGCAACGGCGCGAAAUCUCCAACUUUGAGUACCUCAUUUUUCUCAACACCAUCUCUGGUCGGACCUAUAAUGACCUAAACCAGUACCCGGUCUUCCCCUGGGUUUUAACCAACUAUGAAUCAGAGGAGCUUGACCUCACUCUGCCCAGCAACUUCAGAGAUCUGUCCAAGCCCAUCGGCGCCCUGAACCCCAAGAGGGCGGCGUUCUUUUCCGACCGAUACGAGUCCUGGGAGGACGAGCAGGUGCCAAAGUUCCAUUAUGGCACCCACUACUCCACCUCCAGCUUCACCUUGAUGUGGCUGCUGCGCAUGGAACCCUUCACCACGUUUUUCCUCAACUUCCAAGGAGGGAAGUUCGACCACGCCGACCGCACCUUCUCGUCGGUGGCCCGGGCCUGGAGGAACUGCCAGAGGGACACGUCUGACGUCAAGGAGCUGAUCCCGGAGUUCUACUACCUCCCCGAGAUGUUUGUCAACGCCAACACUUACAACCUGGGAGUGAUGGAGGACGGCACCGUGGUCUCGGACGUGGAGCUGCCGCCUUGGGCCAAGAGCCCGGAGGAGUUUGUCCGAUUGAAUCGCCUGGCGCUGGAGAGCGAGUUCGUGUCCUGCCAGCUCCACCAGUGGAUCGACCUGAUCUUCGGUUACAGGCAGCAGGGCCCGGAAGCCGCCAGGGCGCUCAACGUCUUCUACUACCUGACCUACGAGGGCGCGGUCAACCUCGGCUCCAUCGGCGACCACAUGCUGAGAGAGGCUGUUGAGUCUCAGAUCAGGAGUUUUGGACAGACCCCAGGUCAGCUGCUUAUCGAGCCUCACCCCCCGCGGAGCUCAGCCAUGCAGGUGUAUCUUCUCCUGCAGACGCCGCUGAUGUUCACAGAGCAGAUGCAGCAGGACGUCAUCAUGGUGCUAAAGUUCCCGUCGAACUCUCCAGUGACCCACGUGGCGGCCAACACUCAGACCGGUCUCACGUCGCCGGCCAUCAUCACAGUCACGGCCAACCGCCUGUUUGCAGUUAACAAGUGGCACGGAUUGACAGGUCAUCAGGGCGCAGCGGUGCAGGACCAGCAGUACCAGCUUCCUGUGGAAAUUGACCCGCUGAUAGCCAACAACGUGGGGACUCACCGUCGGCAGAUCUCAGAUCUGCUGGACCAGAGCAUCAACAUCAGCUCGCAGUGCUUCGUCGUCACGGCAGACAACCGCUUCAUCCUCCUGUGCGGCUUCUGGGACAAGAGCUUCCGGGUCUACUCCACCGACACAGGCAAACUGACUCAGAUCGUGUUCGGGCACCGUGACGUGGUGACGUGUCUGGCCCGCUCCGAGUCGUACAUCGGGGGAGACUGCUACAUCCUGUCAGGCUCCAGAGAUGCCACCCUGCUGCUGUGGUACUGGAACGGCAAGCACUGCAGCAUCGGGGAGAGCCCCGGCACAGAGUUCACCGUACCACGAGCCAUCCUGACGGGCCACGACUGCGAGGUGACGUGCGCCAGCGUGUGCGCCGAGCUGGGCCUCGUCAUCAGCGGCUGCAAAGAGGGGCCGUGCCUGAUCCAUUCCAUGAAUGGAGACCUGCUGCGGACGCUGGAGGGCCCCGGGCGAUGCGCGUCCCCCCGCCUCAUCCAGUCGUCCACCGAGGGCCACUGCGUGAUCUACUAUGACCGGGGGCACUUCUGCCUCUUCAGCGUCAACGGGAAGCUGCUCCGGCACAUGGAGCUGGAGGACAGCGUCAAGGCCAUGCUGCUGAGUCGUGAUGGACAGUACCUGCUGACCGGCGGAGACGGAGGAGUCGUGUCCGUGUGGCGGGUCCACAGCCUCACGCAGCUGUUCACGUACCCCGGCUGCGACGCGGGCAUCCGCUCCAUGGCCAUGUCACACGACCAAAGGUGCGUCAUAACCGGCAUGGCUUCCGGCAGCAUCGUGCUCUUCUACAACGACUUCAACCGGUGGCACCACGAGUACCAGAACCGGUACUGAGCAGAAAGCGGCGGCGACCCGACUGACAAACGUCCCGAAACACCCGCAAGCGUGAGCUUUUCCUCAAAGCACUGUUCUGUCUGAGUCCUGAAUGUAUCUCCAUGGAGGAAGCUGUCCUGUUAUAGUGGAACAUUGAAACUAUUUUUAAAAAGGGCAUUGCUAUAUUUUGUAGACCAGAUAGAUUUUCAUAUGAAUCAUAGGGUGGGGGCGACGUUCCUGUGCGGUUAAAAAAAAACAGAUCUAUUUUUAGCUGUGAGAGUCUAUUUUCAUCUCUUCCAGAAAAGAACAGAGGGAUUUGUGGGGAGCUAGUGAGAAUCUUUGCGCUGGAAUUAAAAAUCCAAAUAUUUCUGUACUCUAGGGUGAGUGUUUUUUUUUCUGUAGGUGUGAAACUGUAUGUGAGAAAUUAUUAUUACGCUAUCAUUCAUUUUAAACAUGCUUCUUUGCCAUUUUUGGCAACACAGCUGGUAGAUAAGAAAUAACGCAGAGGGAUUAUACGUAUAUAAAUAUAUAUCUAAAUAUUUACUGUUUAAAUGUAGUCCCUCCUGUUUAAGAGUCCUCCUCCCUCUGUGCUUGCUAAGAGACUGUGUCUGUGCAUGGCUCACUACUUAAAAUCCAUCAGCACAGACCUGUCACCCGAUCAUUUAAUACAUUAAAACAAUUUGAUCAAAUCGACGUGAAAAAAGUUUGCAGAGGAUAAUCGAGAUCUGUCAAACAGUGAGUCUUAUUGUGGCGGGGUGAGACGUUCACUGACAGGAGGGGACUUUCUGUGUGUUGUUCCCUCUUGUCACAGCAGCCUAAAUUGAAAAAAAAAAGUUGAGUCUGAUUUAAAGCGACGCUAAUUCAUCUUCCUGUGUUCCUGUUUUAAAAAAGCGAAACGUCCACUUUUCUCUGAUUUCAAAGGAUUCCUUUAAGUGCUGAGCGUUGGUGUGGUGUGAAUCUCCAGUUGUAUGAUCUACUCAUGAACCAAUAUAAUUUUGCCAUCGUUCUGGAGUGUCGUGUGAGUUCUGACAAUAAAAUGGAAUUUUAUAACUUAAUAA